GCAGCUGGAGUUUGGAGAGGCUGUUUAAUAAACCUCAUCCUGGUACCAAAUGGCUCUGAAUACGAUGCUUCUGCUGUUCUUCAGCACGGCGAGCACAGUUGUAGGAUUUGGAAUAGACCCUGAUUUGCAGAUCGACAUCAUCGCUGAACUGGACUUGGCAAAUGCCACUUAUGGACUAAGACAGACCACAGGCCUACACAACAACAGCAAAGCCUUCAUUUUUCGAGAUGCACAGAGAGCCAUCCACGCUCCUUCACGGAUUACAGACAAAGUGCUGGAGAUGUUCAGGAGCAAAAGUGAGUUUACCUUCAUGGCCUCCAUCCAGCAGAAAGCGUCCACCUCUGGAGUCCUUUUCUCCAUCCAUGAGGCUGAGCACAGUUAUUUUGAGCUGGAGAGCAGUGGCCUUCGGGAGGAAAUCCGCUACCAUUACCGCCACAACGGAAAACCGCGCUCGGAGACCUUCCCUUACAGACUGGCCGACGGUCAGUGGCAUAAAAUCGCCCUGACCAUCAGCGCCUCUCACGUGCUGCUCCACGUGGACUGUAACAGGAUAUACGAGAGGGUGAUAGACCCUCCGCAGAUGGACUUGACGGCAGGCAGUGGGAUCUGGCUCGGUCAGCACAGUCACAGACACGGCCUCUUCAAGGGCACCAUGCAAGAUGUCAAAUUUGUUUUCGCUCCGAAUGGUUACAUCAUGCAGUGUCCCAACCUCAAUCGCACUUGCCCAACAUGCAGUGACUUCCUCAGCCUUGUACAGGGCAUCAUGGACCUGCAGGAGCUUCUGGCCAAAAUGACGUUGAAGUUGAACUAUGCGGAGUCCAGGCUCAGUCAGUUGGAGGGCUGUCACUGUGAGCGGACCUGCAACGUGAACGAUGUGGUUUAUCGAGACAAAGAGCUUUGGACUGAACCAGAAAACUGCAGGACCUGCUCUUGCAUGAACGGUGUUGUGGAGUGCCGGAGAAUAUUCUGUCCUCUUGCCAACUGUUCGGAGGAUUCUCUCGCUGUACAUGUGGAGGGAACGUGCUGCAAGAAGUGCCGACCUAAAUGCACCUACAUGGACCACACUCUGUCAGAAGGUCAGCGUGUUUUGCUUCAGGGCUGCAAAGAGUGCAAGAACGGUCUGAUGCUUCCAGUGACAGAAAGCUGCCCAAUUCUCAACUGCACAGUGAAAGAGCAGAUUCUCCCAGAGAACAGGUGUUGCAACGUCUGCAGAGGUCAUGAUUUCUGUGCAGAGGGAAUGCUCUGUGGAGAAAACUCUGUUUGCAAAAACCGGAAUAACAAAGCAGAGUGUGAGUGCAAGAGCGGCUACGCGUCGAUCCACGGGGACUCCACUUACUGCGAAGAUAUAGACGAGUGUUCCACUCAGAUGCAUUACUGCCAGGCCAACACUGUGUGCGUGAACCUGCCGGGUGGACAUCGCUGUGACUGCCUGCCCGGGUUCACCAGAGUGGACGACUUCUCCUGCACAGAGCGUGAUGAGUGCGCCGGUGGACAGAGUCUGUGUGAUGAAAACGCCAUCUGCACCAACACCAUCCACGGCCACCUGUGCACCUGUAAGCCGGGCUACGUGGGAAACGGCACCAUCUGCAGAGCGUUCUGUGAAGAAGGCUGUCGCAGUGGAGGAACAUGCGUGUCCCCUAACACCUGUGUGUGUCCAUCAGGCUUUACGGGACGCCUCUGUGAGACAGACAUUGAUGAGUGCGCUGAAGGUUUGAUUCAGUGCCAUAACGGCUCGCGCUGCGUGAACCUGCCCGGCUGGUAUCACUGCCAGUGUCGCAGCGGUUUCCACGACAACGGAUCUUACCUGCUCGAUGGGAGCUCAUGUGUGGAUGUAGACGAGUGUGCGACGCAGACUCACACGUGCUGGAACGACUCGGUGUGUGUGAACCUGCCGGGAGCGUUCGACUGCGUGUGUAUCGCCGGCCCAGAAUGCACUGGGGACUGUGUUCAAGACGACGGGCUGAAACACAACGGGCAGGAGUGGAGCCUCAGCCAGGACACCUGCUCAGUGUGCACCUGCAAGGACGGACGAGUGUUCUGCAGGCGGAGAGAGUGCGACUGUGAUGAUCCGGCCGUGGAUCUGUUCUGCUGUCCGGAGUGUGACACGCGUCAGAGCAGCCAGUGUUUACACCAGAGUGGACACACGCUGUACCGCAGCGGAGACUCGUGGGUUUACAACUGCCAGCAGUGCAGAUGCCUGGAGGGUGAAGUGGACUGCUGGCCAUUGUCCUGUCCGGUGUUGCCGUGUGAGUACACCGUGGUGUUGGACGGAGAGUGCUGCCCUCGCUGCGUUUCUGACCCCUGCCUGGCCGAUAACUUCGCCUUCGACAUCAGGCAGACGUGCCGUGACCCGAUGGGCGUCACCCGGCUGAGCGGUGCCGUCUGGACCACACCCACUGCCCCCUGCACCACCUGCACAUGCAAGACCUGA